AUGUUGAGGAAGGGAGUUACGCCUGGAGCUGUGACUUACAAUACUAUACUGCAAGGUUUAUUUCAGACAGGGAGAUUUUCUGAAGCAAAGGAACUCUACCUCAAUAUGAUUAAAAGUGAAAAACAGUGGGGCAUUUACACAUACAACAUAAUUCUAAAUGGGCUUUGCAAAAAUAAUUGUGUUGAUGAAGCAUUCAUAAUGUUCCAGUGUCUGUGUUCUAAGGAUCUUCGACCUAACAUUAUUACUUUCACCAUUAUGAUUGAUGCUUUAUUCAAAGGCGGCAGAAAGAAAGAUGCCAUGGAUUUGUUCGCUGCUAUCCCUGCCCAUGGUUUAGUUCCGAAUGUGGUGACCUAUCGGUUAAUGAUGGAAAAUCUCAUACAAGAGGGGCUGCUAGAUGAGUUUGAGAAUCUGUUUUUGGCAAUGGAAAAGAGUGGAUGCCUUCCAAACUCACGCAUGCUAAAUGCUAUAGUUAGGAGGCUGUUGCGUGGAGGCGAGAUAGUGAGGGCUGGGGCUUACCUCUCCAAAAUUGAUGAAAUGAACUUCUCACUUGAGGCUUCCACUACAUCCUUGCUAAUAUCACUUUUCUCGAGAGAGGAAUAUAAGAACCUUGCAAAGUCCCUACCUGAAAAGUACCAUUUUCUUGAGGAGGUCAACAAGUGA